CACACACACUCCUUGUCUUCCUCCUUUAAGAGCUCCCACGGCCUCAGCAGCUUCACUUGUCAGGUCCACUCUGAGUGUCCACCACUUGCAUCCCUCCCGCAAUGGACCUGCAACCCACUGCACACUACCGUCACAUGGACCACGAGAAGCACCAAAUGCUGGACCUCAACCGCCGCCUGCAGAGCUAUCUGGGCCGGGUCAAGCUCCUGGAGGAGGAGAACACGAUGCUGUCCCAAGAGAUCCAAGCUCAGCGGUGCAGUCAUCAUGGAGCCUCCGUGAGGGAGAAGAGUUUGAAAGAAGAUCUCCAUCGGGCCAGAGCAGAGCUGGAAACGGUCUGGAGGGAGCGGGUGUACACCGAGAUGGAGGUCUGCAAAUUGAGUGAGGAGAUCCAGAUGGUAGAGCGGCACUGUCAGAAGGAGGCAUUGGCUCAAGCGGAGGUCAAGGCGAAAAUGGAGGUGAGCAAGAAGGAGCUGGAGGAGGAACACGGGGCUCAAAGGUGGCUCAGGGAGAGAAUCAAGCAAUUGGAGGAGGAAAUGGAUCACCUGGUUCGGAACCACGAGGCAGAUGUGGCCCACUUGGAAACCAUGCUGAGCCAUUCGAUACCACCAAGCACCACUCCAAAUCUGGACCUCCUUCAGCUGGAGCAGGAGCUCAGCCAGCAGGCCUCCAGGGCAUGGCAUGAGACGGCGGAAGCCUACCAGGCACAGCUAGACCAACUGGAGGAGAGCCUAAGGGAGACAGCAGCCCGUUUGGGCCAGGCGGAGCACCACAAGAAUGAGUACCAGGCCCAUCUGAGGGCCCUGGAGAGAGACCGGCUCUCCGAAGGGGAUGUUAGGAGGCAGCUGGAGGAGACAGCAGAGCAGCAAAGGGAAGAACACAGACAACACAUAAACACACUUCAGGAGCACUGGGAGUGCCUGGAGAAGGAGAAAGAGCAUCUGUGCCAUCAGCUUGAUCGUUUGGUGCAGGAGAACCGAGGUCUGCUACAGCAGAAGAUGUCGCUGGGCCUGGAGGUGGUCACCUACAGAGCUCUGCUGGAUGGCGAGAGCCUGCGGCGAGAUGAUGUCUCUCUUCUGAAAGACUCCAGAAACAUUACACUGAAAGACAUGCCUGUGAAGCCUUCACGAGGGAGUUACCAACUACCCGCUCGCUGUAACACCCUCGUGUCAGUCAGGAGAGCACCGAUAACUUCAACAACGCCCUUGAGGAGCAAGCCCGUAACCAUCAGCCAAGCUCGCAAGGGUGAAGAAACAGCAACAAUGGUGGCGAAGCAAGAAAGUCCUUAUCCCAAAAUACUGAAUGAUGCAGCAGUGGAAAAGUUCAGAGCACAGGAAGUGGACGAGAAAGUAACAUAUGCAGAGCCUCUAUCUUCUCCUGUUGGGGAUGAACAUGAGCAACAUCCUGCUGAACGUGUAGAAGAGGAAUAUGGUGGGAAAAGCGAGGAUAAAGCGUCUUUCGGCUUUCAGGUCCAGUCAGGAUCACCAGUGAGUGAAGGGCUAGAGUCAAAAAUCAUAGAAGAGAAGAAUAUGAUCAGUCACUGCCAAUCAAGCACCCAGGAACCAAAAUCAGAACUUCUGGGAAUGACAGCGAAAACCUUCAGUUCCUCGGCUCCAUGGAAUCAGGAACAGCAGCCAUCGUUUCCUGUGGAGGAAAGAGCAGGUAAUGGCUUUCAACUGCAGCCGGUAGGUCUGCCACUCACUACGGAGAUUACCGAGUACCAAUCAAGCGCCCAGGAACCUACAUCAGACCUUCUGGGCACGACAGAGAAGACAUUCAGUUCCACAGCUGGAAAUGAUCAGAAACAGUCACCAUGUGUUUUGGAGGAAAAAGCAACUGUCGCCUUUGAGAUUCAGUCUGAAGCUCCAACACGCACUGAGGAGAUCCAUCAGCAGCCAUCUGGCACUCAGGAAGUGGACAAUCUGGGAAUAACAGAGGAGACCAUCAGUUCCUCGGCUGUAUACAAACAGGAACUGACGUCUUGUGUCCCGGUGGAGGAAGAAGCAGCUGUCGGCUUCCAGCUCCAGUCAGAAGCUCAACUUCUCCCGAAAGAGAUCACUCCGCACCACUUAAGCACCCACAAAUCAAAAACAGAACUUCUGACAAUGACAGAGGAGAUCUUCAGUUUUGCUGCAAGAGCUGCGGUUGAGCCAUGCACGGUGGAAGAUGAGCAGGAGCAAAGGUCAAGUUCUGGAACAGAAGCAUUACUGGAAACCACCCUGGAAUCCAGGACCAGCAGUCUGUCUUCUGAAAAUGAGUUCAACCCCAUCGAUGUGAGUGAGAUCAAACAGGAAAUAAGCUACUCCACCUUGGGCACGACUGCGACAGAAGCAGUAGACAUGUUGUAUCCGGAUGGAGAAGAGAUGGACACAUGGGACAGCGUGAUAGAAAAGAAGAUCCAUGUUGAGUCAAGUGAACCCAAACCAGAAGCAGAAAGUCAGUUUGCGGAACCAGAGGAGGACAUCUUAACAAGAAGGUCUGAGCUAAGUAGAGGAGAAAUGAAGAAGCAAGAUGAUGAGAUGUGGCUUCAACGUGAAGAAAGUUCUCAACCUUCUGACGAUAAAGACUUAAAUGAAGAGGACGAGGACUCCCAAAAUGUCUCGGUGUCAUGGCGAACAGAGCUAGAGAGUGACAGCUAUGCUCAAGAGAACACACUGGCGGAUGUGCGUCCACUCAUCCGGUACACCAGUGAUGAGACGGAUGCCAACACACAAGCGUCACAUGUGGACGAGAGUGAGUCCAGUGACGGUGAGCAAGACGGACAGACCGGAGAGGUAGGUGAACCUGCCUGGAGUAAAAGCAAGGCCAAAAACUUUGGAACCAUGGAGGAUCUUUGUGAGGAAGUACAUGAAGUGCUGGUAGAAAAUGACAUAAAAUAUUCUCAGGACGCUUCUGGAUUGGAAAAAUCAACCUUGAAAAUCAGUGAGGACCUUUUGCAUGAAGAAGUACCGGUAGCUGUCAAUGAUGUGGAGCUCGAGACGAAUCGACUUGUGGAGCAGGAAUUGGAAAACCUUUCCAUUGAUAGCUACGCUUGCCACUUUGCUGAAGAGGCAGCCAAUGAGAGCCAAGCAGUGCUUCCUGAGGAUGAGGCUCAAAGGAAAGUAAUCCUGAAACAAGAAGCCAUGACGAACAUCCAAGUGACACACAACCUGGACUCCGGGGAUUCUAUACAGCCUCAGAGGUGGCAGGAGAUGGAAGAGGAGGAGAUCCACGAUGGAAUGAUGACAAAGAAACAAGAAGCAAUCCCACAAUCUGAUGUCCAAGUGGAAAGCAACCUGGAUCUUAGGGAUUCUGUUCAGCCUCAGACUCUGAAGGAGGAGGAAGUAGUGGAGGUCCAGGAUAGAAUGAUGAAGAUGGGAGAAGAACUCAUCAAGGAAAUUGAACUCAAAAUGGAAAGCAACCAGGUUCUAAGGGAUUCUGCGCAGCCUCAGCUGGACUCUCCGAACGAUGAUGCCAAAGGAAAGGUGGAAGAGCGUGAGGUCCAAGAUCGUAUAAUGACCACAGAACAAGAAGUCAUCAUGGAAUCUGACACCCAAGUGGAAUGUAACCAGGAUAUCAGGAAUUUGGUCUCACCUCAGUUGGACACUAUGGAUCAUGAGAAGAAGGUCCAGGACGAAAUGAUGACCAUGGAAUAUGAAGAGGCUGGCAUAGGGAUCCUGCCAUCCGGCAUGGAUUCUGAUGUCCAAGUAGAAGAUGAUCAGGACCGUCAGGACUCUAUCUCACCUCAGUUGGACACUCCAGAUGAUGACGAGGAAAAAGGGAUGGAAGAGAAUGAGGUCCAGGAAGAAUUGACAGCAAAGGAACAAGAAACAAUCCCAGAAUCUGAUGCCCAAGUGGAAAGCAAACUGGACCUUAGGGAUUCUGUGCAGCCUCAAACAUUGGGGGAGGUGGAAGAGGUGGAGGUCCAGGAUGGAAUGAUGAAGAUGGGAGAAGAAUUCAUCAAGGAAACUGAACUCAAAGUGCAGUGUGACCAGGUCCAUGGGGAUUCCAUGCAGACUCAGUUGGACUCUGCAACUGAGGAUGCCAAGGAAAAGGUGGAAGAGAGGGAGGUCCAAGAACAAAUAAUCACCCUGGAACAAGAAGUUAUCAUAGAAUCUGCCAUUCAAGUGGAACAUAACCAGGACUUCAUGAGUUUGGUCCCGCCUCAGAUGGACACUAUGGAGGAUGAGGAGAGGGACCAGGAUGAAAUAAUGAGAGUAAAACAAGAAGAGGCCGGCAAAGGGAAGUUGCCAUCCUGCAUGAAAUCUGAUGUUCAAGGAGAAAAUAAUAAUCUGGACCUUGAGGACUCAAGCACGCCUCAGUUGGAGACUCCAGAUGAUGAUGAGAAAAAAGGGAUGGAAGAGAAGGAGGUUCAGCAUGGAACGCUGGGCCAAGAGGAGGCACAGCAAGUGCCCUUGCUUUCAUGUACAGAAUCUGAUGUCCUAAUGGAAAGCAAUCUGGACUUGGCACCAUAUCAUUCAGAGUCUCCUGGUGAUGAAGAGAAAGUUCAGGUUGAAAUAACGACCAUGGAACAAGUAGAGGCUGAGCAAUUGAAUUCGCCAUCCGACAUGGAUCCUGAUGUACAAGUAGAAGGCAAUCUGGACAUCAGUGAUUUCAUCCCCCCUCAGGUGGACUCACCGGAUGACCAUGUGAAGGAGGUCCAAGAUGAAAUAUUGAAACAAGAGGAAGCACAGAAAGUGUACCCGCUGUCCUGCAUGGAAUCUGAAGUCCAAGUGGAACGCAGUCUGAACUUGGUGCAGCCUCAGUGGGACACUCCAGAUGAUGGAGAGAAAGUCCAGGAUGAAAUAAUGACCACGGAACAAGAAGUUAGCAAGGAAUCUGCCGUCCAAGUAGAACAUAAGCAGGACAUCAUGAGUUUGGUCCCGCCUCAGAUAGAGACUAUGGAUGAUAAGGAGAAGGUUGAGAAUGAAAUAAUGAGUGUAGAACUCAAAGAGGCCGACAAAGGGAAGUUGCCAUCCUGCAUGGAUCCUGAUGUCCAAAUAGAUGAUGAUCUGGACCCUGAGGACUCGAUCCCGGCUCAGUUGGACACUCCAGAUGACGACGAGAAAAUAGGGAUAGAAGAGAAGGAGGUUCAGCAUGUAACGCUGGGACAAGAGGAGACAGAGAAAGUGCCCUUGCUUUCCUGUACAGAAUCGGAUGUCCAAGUGGAACACAAUCUGAACUUGGUGCAGCCUCAGUUGGACUCUCCAGAUGAUGAAGAAAAAGUCCAGGAUGAAAUAAUGCCCACAGAACAAGAAGAGGCUGACAAAGUGAGCUUGCCAUCCUACAUGGAUCCUGAUGCCCCAGCAGAAGGCAAUCUGGACCUCAGUGAUUUCAUCCCUCCUCAGGUGGACUCACCGGAUGACAAUGUGAAGGAGGUCCGAGAUGAAAGAUUGAAACAAGAAGAAGCACAUAAAGUGUACCUGCAGUCCUGCAUGGAAGUCCAAGUGGAACGCAGUCUGAACUUGGUGCAGCCUCAGUGGGACUCUCCAGAUGAUGGAGAGAAAGUUCAGGAUGAAAUAAUGACCACGGAACAAGAAGAAGCCAACAUGCUGAACAUGCCAUCCUGCGUGGAUCCUGAUGCCCAAGUAGAAGACAAUUUGGACCUCAGGGAGUUUGUCCUACCUCAAUUGGACUCUCCAGAUGACUAUUUGGAAGGAGUUCUGGAUAUAACCUUGAAACAUCAAGAUGCUGUCAAGAGAAACUUACCAGUCAGCGGAAAUCUCCAAGAUGAAGACAAGCUGAGACAAGAUAUUCAACAUUCCCUAGAAGCUCCAGAGAAAAGAAAGGAUGAGUUUGACUCUCAUGUUUUCAUGGUGACGCAUGCUGAGGAAACCUUUCGCGAGGUCCUUAGUGGGCUCGACUUUUUAGAAGAAGAUGAAGAAGAGCUUCUGGAGAAGCCACAGUGUGAAUCUCAAAAUCAAAAAGGUCUCCUCCAGCAGUAUACUUAUUCUGUGGGAGAAGACGAUGCCAGCAUUCUGCCAGACAAAUGGAACAUCCUGGAGGACACGAGUGAGGACGUUGACACCAGACAUUCAAAAGAUGAAGCAGAAUCUGUUGUGAGUCAUCUUCGUGAUGAAGUUGGUGAUGGUGAAUGUGCCGCCACAUUUGGCGAGAAACCCGUUGAGAUUUUCCUGAAGACUGCACCCGAAGAAUCUGUCAUCUUUGCCAUGAAGGACUCCUUGUCGGAAUUCCAGAAAACCAGUGACAAAGUUAAGCAGAACCUCUGGGCUGCCCUUCCAGCUGACAAAUGGAAUGUCCCGGAGAGCGCCAGCGAGGACGUUAACAUCAGACAUCCAAAAAAUGAAGAAGAAUGUGGUCAGACUCAUGGUGAUGAAGAAGCAGGCGAGGGCGAGGGCGCCCCCAAAUUUGAUGAGAAACCUAUUGCGAUCUCCCCGGGGACUGCAACAGAGGAAAGCAUCUUUGCUGUGAAGGACUCCUUGACUGAAUUCUGCAAAACAAAUGUCAAAGACAAGCGGGACUUGUGGGCGUCAUCCAUGGAAGUGGCCGCCGCUUAUGGAUCAGAUGACAUCCCCGCAGUAAUGUCUGGGAUUCACGACAUGGAGUUUGGUCGUGAGUUGGACUGGGGGAAGGCAGUCAAUGGGAGUUCUGCCCGUGAUUGCGCCGCUAAGAAGGAGGCGCAUGUGACCGGGGUGUCAGUGCAUUCUGAGGAAUCGGAAGUUGAGGCCGAAUCCUGGUCAUCUGGGGAUGAAUAAUCUGGCGUUUCUGAAAAUGUAGCAUUUCAGAGAAGGACCGCAGGAAAUCACCAAUAAUAGUUGGUGUGAGAGUUCGGAGAAGACAGAAUACAUGCCUGUGAAAAUGGAUGAACGAUUUCUUCCAAUGUGUUGCUGCUCUGUGUGUGUUAAAAUAGCAGUUGUUUUAAGGUUUAUGAUGACCAUAACAUCUGUGCUCAUUUCCGUUAGCCUCUGCAUAGCGUUCCGAAUUUUAUGGUAGCGGUAAGCUAGCAGGCUUUCGUCAGACAGAAUGAAAUGUUUUUGGUUGACUAUUUUUGUGUUUACGGUUACAAUGUUUGAUACGAUGUUGCUUCAUGCGCUGGUUUUGCAGAAAGCUAACAACUGAGAGUGACAGAGAAGCAUCUUAAACUAGUCUCGAAUGUUUUUCAAAGAGUUUAAACUGAACAUGUGUGUGGUAGGGGUUAACCUAUAUAGCAAACGUUUAACCUAAGGCAUCCCCGCAAAUUGACGCCCCCCCCCCCCCCCAAAAAAAAACAGUUCGCUUGCCACGGCCACCGCUUUGCUGGAUGUUUGCAGCAUCUCCUCUUUCCUUCCGUGCUAAUCUUGGUCUUUCAGGCCUCUGAGUGGAAGGUGAACCAUUGAUCAGCUCUUAUUGAUCCAAUUGAGCUGGUCACGUUUCACUUCUUUGCAGUGAUCAAUAAGACCAGAUCAUGCUAAUGACCGAUUGACUAUUGUCAUGGAAAAAAAAAAUGGGGACAAUAUAUGUGUUUUUUUUUUUUUACCAACAAAUCUGUCUUGCUGUUUGUUUUGCUUGAACGAUUGAUCGACUGAUUUGACUGUUUAGUUAGCAGUACAUUCAAAUCUAAUAAACUUGAUGACAAGAUA